AUGCGCAGUAAGUGUGGAUCAGGAUUCAGAUCUGCUAACUGUCACAGAAGCUCCGUGAUCCUGCUCGUCUCUGCUUAUGUGGGGCUUUAAUCGAGAUUUUACCCGCUUUUGAACAUGUCGACAGGGGAGGCACCUCCGGCACUUUUACUGCCUUCAUAAAACAGUGAGUAUUAGAUUAAAGAAUCUAAAAUGUCUUUAAAUGUAUGAACGGAGGAGCUGACGAACUGGGAGUCAGUGAAUGACAUCCAAACAAAGAGGAUUUUGGAUAGUUGACGUCUUAUGAGACUGUUUACAACCAUUUUUACUGAGAUGAAAAUGAUGUUAGAGGUGUCCUGAGAUCACAGGUUGGCAUGUUUUUAUGUUGAAGUGUUUUUGUUGAUGGAGUCAGACCCUCUUACCUGUACAGCCUCCACCCAGACUCCACCCAGACUGGAAUGCAGCAAGGCAAGGACAGGCGUUUAACAUCAGUCAUAUACAGACAGUUCCUUUGUCCUAAUCCCAAAAGCUCGUGUGGUUUGCUUUAAUUCUUUUCAAUUCAACAGGGAUUUUGGUGUCUUCAUGCACACCUUUGAAAUGUACCUCUACCUUGAAUUUAACUGUCAGACUGAUAAAACCUUUAUAUAAACAGCCAACCUGCCAAAAACUCAAAAUGGCUAGCUGCCAAAUACAUCUGUCAAUAUGAGGUGACUUAUGUUUUGGCACAAAAGAUUACUAAAUGAUCAGAAGAGUGUGGGAAACCGCCCUGAUCGCUCAUUGAUUGUUGUUUAUCAAAUUUAAAUGCCAAAUAAUGUCUGCUCCGCCCUCACUAACUGUAAAUCAAACAUCUUUGGUUCACAGGUCAGCUGUCAGACAAAACAAAAUUGCAGUAGACUUCCCUAACUUUUAUCAGAUAAGAGUUGACUGUGUAUUUGUUUCUGUCUCCUCACAGGUGCGUGUAAAUCACAGAUGCAGGAUGCGGUGGUGUCCCAGCUCGAUGCUGCAGCUGCUGCGCUGCGUGCGACUGCGAUCAUGUACCAGGAGAGGAAAGAACAGGCUACCUUUGUGGAUGAGGGAAAUAUGGGCUUACAUGAAGCUUCUGAUGCAGUCGCUUUACUUCAACUCCCUGACAGACUCUGAUGUGGUGUUUGACUCAGUUUUUGAGCCGGUAUUUUGGACUGUGGAUUAUAUCACCCGCUGGUUUGGCACGGUAAGUGUCUGUUUUGUCUGCGUGCUUCCAUUAGUUUUUGUCUCUUUUGGAGUGCUUAUCUGAAAACAGUUUGGACUGACAUUCCCUGUGCUUCUCUUUCAGCUGUUUGUUUGUCUUGUUGUGAUACUGACCAGCUCCAUUGUAGUGAUCGCCUAUGUUGUCCUCCUGCCGUUGGUCCUCAACACAUACUCCCCUCCGUGGAUUGCUUGGCAUGUUUGUUUUGGACAUUGGAACCUCAUCAUGAUUGCUUUCCAUUACUACAAGGCCACCAUAACACCUCCGGGUUACCUCCCAGUGGUAAGAGUGACACUUUUUUUUCCGGAGCCACAAAUAGCAUGACUAAUCUGGGCUUAAGUUUAAUGUACAAGUGAGUGAUGCAUCAAAAAUGUUCUCUUUUAAUCAGGAGAAAAACGACAGUCCAUUUGUGUCUGUCUGCAAAAAGUGCAUCAUGCCUAAACCAGCAAGAACCCAUCACUGUGGCAUCUGUAACAGGUGAGUCUGAGCUGUUUGUUUCUGCUGUUCUCCACCUCUUCAUGUUGUUCUUGCUUUCUGGAUUGUUUGGACUAUCAGCGGGUUUUACUUAUGUUGAUGGACAGAGUUUCUCAUCUUGCACAACCUUUUAUACUUCUCUUUACAAAGAAAGAUAUUACUUUUGUACUUUUUUUUUCAAGUUCAUUUAAAGUUCAUUUAAAACUGAAAAAUCUGUACAGAUAGCUCUUUAGUUAUGCUGUUUUUUCACAGUUAAAAAAGAGGUCUUUAAAAAUAUAAUCUUGUUUUUUUGUUAGGGAGGGGCUGUCCUACCAGUAUUUACAGUUACUGACUCAAAAACUCUCUGUAGAUCGAGAUUAUGUUUAUCUGAUGUGUCAAAGACUUGUAGGAGACAUGAGUUAUAACUCUAAAACACUGAGUUGAUGAAGGUGUCUCACAUAAACUGACUUUGACCAAAGUUUGACAACGCCACACCUCAGAGCGUCCUGUUCCCAGUCAAGUUACUUUCUCGCUAACCUCACAUAACUCGACCUAAACAGGUCUUAAGACAUGAUCAAGAUGGCGAGCGAGGUCACUGAGCAUGAUACAUCUCCGCUGUUCCAUUGUGCAAUGCUCUCUUUCGUGGAAAAGAUCUGGUACUUCCUCAGUGACCCUACUAAACCUGUAUAGAACGUAUUCAGGCUGAGCUAUAAGGCCAAAAGAAGGGUCCUGCUCUAGGACAAAAACCAGCAGGUUCACAUUCUCUCACUCCCAUAGCAGUAAAGCUGUGGGAUACAGAAGAUUCAAAGUGCACAAACAAGCAGCUCUUAAAAAAUAGGAUAUCAAGGAUCAUGUCUUAAGUGUCAGGGUCUGCUGCAUUAUUUGCCCUACAUCGAUAUAUGUGUAUGUUAAUACAUCUUAGGGAAAAGCUGAGUCUUUAUCUGGUCGUCCUUGCUUGAUGAAGGAUUUUUAAACUUAAUUGAACUUUGUCUGCAAACCAGCUGUCAUUAUUUUGCACUAAGCAUGUCUGCAUGUGUGUGUUUAAGGCAUAUUUCAUUUGCAUCCAUAUUUGUUUUUAACCCCUGAUCCGGGGUUACAGAGCUUGGCUUAACUUUUACCUGUUUGGUGCUUAAACUUUAUGUUAAAGGUAGAAAAGUCCUUCAGAUGUGUCAGUAUGUGUUUGUAAAUGUUGUUUCUUUUUCUUUAAAGGUGUAUUCUGAAAAUGGACCACCACUGUCGUAUCCUUUCCGCUUUUACUGUACCUUAUUUUUUAAGAUCCCCUCUCACUCUGUCAGUAAGUCCUAAGUUUAAGCAUACUCAUACGACUCAUACAGCCUUAUUCAUCCCAAUAGCUUCUUGUCUUCACCAACAGGAAGGGUGGGCAGGAGAGCGUUUUAAUGUUGAGUCUAACCGUUAAGUGUUGCUUAAUAACCCCAUUUCUACACGCGGUACCACUAAAGCAGGAUUUUUGCGUGUAAAGCAGCUUAAAAGGCUUUUGAAGCACUUACUUUUCCAAAGGGUUUUUCUUCAUUUCUGCAGCUAAGUUUGAACUCCAUCAAAGGCCUGAAUGACUUAAAGUGUUGCUCACUAAUGUGUCAAAAUGAAAAUACAUUAGGGUCCCUGUCCCAGAUGGAGAGAUGAAUAAAAACCAAAGUCCAGUGAGCAAUCAAUAAAAAAGGCUUCAACAGGCUAUCAACCAGUUUUCUGUUUGAAACCAUCAGCAGCAGUGUCAUUUCCUCUUAUUUUAAUUCCUGUGUUUUAAAAUUUAAGUCUUUAAAAUCAAAUAACGUGACCACAGAGAGGUGUUUGGUUUCCUUAAAGUUGCCAUUCCAGCUUGGUUAAAUAACUGCGUGGGCCACUUCAACCACCGUUACUUCUUCUCCUUCUGCCUCUUCAUGACCUUGGGCUGUGUCUACUGUAGCAUCAGUGGCAGAAACUUAUUCCUUGAUGCAUACAAUGCUCUGGAGGUAAGAUUUAAAGACACACUUCACACACUUCAUUUUAGCUAGGCUGCUUUGCAUUUGUCCUUGAAGGCUUGCUAGGUUUUGCUUGUUUCUUAUUCCUCUGUGUUUGGUGUCUUCCUCUUGAGGGGCUUGGACUGUUUCUUACUGACACCACCUUCUUUCUGUCUUUAUUCGUCUGGGUUGCAUCUGUGGGCUUUUUUAAUAGCGCUUUAAGCAUUUGGACAUGGAGAAACCGGGGGUACCAGUAACAGGGAUGGCACAGCUCAUAGGGCUUCUCCCCCCUGGCCAGGUACAGUCUGAAGAGUUAACACGGUACAUAAAGAUACUAAUAAAAAUCUGUGUUUUAAUAUGUGUUGGUUAUAUAAUUUGUUCUGUUUUUGUUUUUUUAAGACCAGCUUUGUGACACCUGCACCUCCGUACACCUUUAAGGAUAAGAUGAUUCAUAAGUGCAUCAUCUACAUGUGGGUGCUCACCAGGUAAAAAUCGCAUUUAAUGCUGCCACUUUCCAUACUUAGAGCCAUGCAUCCCACUCUUACCUAAUGUUAAAAGCUAUAAAAAGCAGGUGUUAAGAUUAAAGAACUGUCACAUUGAGUUCAUGCAAAUGUGGGUGUGAAGUUAGCCUCACCUGUGCUGUUUAUACCCCAGAAACAUGGAGCUCUGCACACAGGCUUUCCCUUACUGCUGGUACAAAGUGACAAAGUACAUUUAUAUGCAUCUAAGUGUACCAAAGCUGGUGUCGUCGUUAUUUCUCAGUGUGCGGUAUACAGCUGGGACAAGCUGGUUGUCUUUAUUAUCUUAGCGGAUGAUCAGAUGAAAUGUGUUUUGUUCUUUCAGCACAGUGGGAGUGGCCCUGGGAGCUCUGACCAUUUGGCAUGCAGUCCUCAUAUCCAGAGGAGAGACCAGCAUAGAGAAGCACAUCAACAGCAAAGAAUCAAAGAGAAUGGCCAAAAGAGGAAGGGUAAGCAUGUUCGAUGUGAGAAACAGUGACGUAAUUUAGGCUGUGGGUGAUAUAAGAGGCACAAACCCUCAACUAUAAUUAAUCUGCUCUUCAUUUUUAAACAUCUGUGACUUUUAUGAGGUGUCUAAUUGCCUCUUUUCUUUUUCUACUGCUCUGGCAGGUGUACAGAAACCCUUUUAACUACGGCAGGCUGAAUAACUGGAAAGUCUUCUUAGGCAUAGAGAAACGGAGGUGUGUAGCUCAUGUUUGUAAUGAUUUUCUGUCCAGAUAUACAUCCAUCAUUUCUGAACACUGCUGCUUUGUACAUGUUGUAACUUCUGUCCUGCUACACCUUUUGUCUUCCAGCCACUGGGUGACACGUGUCCUCCUGCCCUCGGGUCACACCCCACAUGGCGAUGGUCUAACAUGGGAAGCCUGUGUCGUCAAAAAGGACUUAAUACCUGUAUGACAGACUCUGUUUAGGCACACGUGUCCUAAAGUUAGCAGUUUUUGCUGCAUCAAAGUGGCUCUGGUCGUUUGAUCAGAUUGGUAAAAAGGGAUUCUUGAAUGGUGGCUCCAUACAGCUGAACCUUCAAUACCUCAGACGCUUGUGGUUGCAUUGCUUGACGGGCGAUGGUCGACAUUUUUCACCGCUGACAAGUCAGUGUGUCAUGAAUGUUCUGUUCUGUACAGACGGCUUUUGUGUGACUAAGAGAAAUGCACUGGGAUGGGUUUGUUAUUUCUUAGAGCCACAUUUUCUCAAUGACAUAUCGUAGACUGAAAUACCUUCAGAUUUCUAAAAGAAUCCCUCUGUUUUUCCUAAACAGAUUUUUAUUUAUUAAAAAAAAAAAACAAGAAACCAUCUUAGAAAAAAAGAGACUUUAGAAAUCAUGAGUCCUUUUAACACUACCACCUCCCUGUUUCAUGUUCAUACUUCAGUCCAAUAUUAUCAUAAGAAAUGAACUUUUAAGGAAAACUGCUGUAUUAUGACAAUGUAUUAUUUAUCUGAUUUUUGUACCUGUUAAAUUAAUAAAUCUUUAUAAAUUGCUUUAUAACAACAACAGAUCACAGUGAGCCUUCUCUGACACUGCUACGACACACAGAUCUGUUCAACUAUUGUCACUGUGUCACAUUAUCCUCAUGGAUGUUUUCCAGCUCUCUCUCAGAGGCUACGUGAGACAUACAAGCUCCAAGGAGACCCCUAACCCCCCGGUAAGUUAGUUGUGCCCACAAAACCACCUUGUCUCCACCCUUGUUGAGUGCCUGAGCCAAAACAACAAGCUCCUUCCAGUAUGACGAAGUACCAACGCUCCUAAAAGCUCCCUCUGUAUGUUUCUGCACCAUUGCACCGACUCUUAUCUCUGAGGCCGAGCCCAGACACUCUUUGAGGAAAACUCAUUUUGGCGGCUUGUAUGCCUGAUCUCAUUCUGUCAGUCACCACCUAUAGCUCAUGACCUUAGAUGAGGAUCAGGACGAAGAUCGACAAACCCGUUCCUCUCCAUCAGCUCCCAAAAACAUUCACAGAUCGUUUUUGUUAUUUGACUUUUCCUUAAAAGCCAUAAAGUAUCUGAACAGAUUGAAUGUAAUUCCUUAUGUAGCAGGUAACCUUUGGUUAUAGUUAUAGUGUUCAUUUUUAAUCCCUGAAAUCACUUCAUGAAAGUAAACAGACAAACUCCAGCCCAAGUAUUACGUCACAGUGUAGCCUAGCCAGGCAGUCUAGUGGAGGAUUAAUUUUAGAUUAGAGAAGAUUGAUAUAAAAAUAGUGCAUCAGAUGCAGUGGAGAUGGGAACAAACAAAGAAGAGAUGAGAUUUUACCCCACAAAUUCCUGCAAAAUCUUUCUGGGAUGAAACUAUUACAAAGAAUAGAUCUUUUACUAUCAGUUCAUUUGCUAAGCAGACGUGGAGACAGACUGCUAGUUAAGGGGCAAAUGUGAGAGGAGUUAACUAGAUAACAGUAGAAGAGAUUAAGGGAUGAUGGCAGAUUUUAGCCAGUUUUGAACCCAUUUUCACCCGACUACUGCUCAUUAACCCUUUGCAAACAAACAUAUGAAAAAGCUUGUAAAUAUUCAGUCUACCAGAAGGUGUCAGUGUUGAACAUGUCAAUUUUGUGCUGAAGAUGCACAGUUUUAUAUUACAUUAUACUCACACAAUACUAAGAUUAUUAAAAAGUGCACUAGCUUUAAAUGAUCUCUUUCUGUCAUUCAAUAACAUACUGUACUGUACGGACGCCAAAUUGCACUAUCA